AUGGGAAAAGGGAAAAGCAAUCUGCAAUUCGCACAAGUAGCUGAAUUCUCUCUUAUUCACACUCAACUUGCAGAUAAUCGGAGUGCUCAUAUCGUCACUGGAUCUCACUUCAGUCAAACCUUUCGGCUUGGUUAUAAACUAAUAAUCAUUUGUAAAGCCAAGGGAGAACCAAGACCGACAAUAAAGUGGUAUAAAGAAGGUGCUGAACUACACCCGAAACACAACGUCCACUACUACGAAAAACCCCUUGGAGACGACAUGCUCUGGAGCAAGCUAGAGAUUGAUCCGGCUACAAUGGGCGACCAAGGCGUGUACGCUUGCGUUGCAAAUAAUCCACAUGGAGUGAUGGCGAAGAACUUCAAGGCCGAAUACACUUACUGA